AUGAUGAGAGAUUGGGCCAGUGGGCUCACGAAAGAAACUUGUUCAUUGGUACCACGAGGUAGUGUUUGUGGUGGUGCUAGAGGAGGAGGCACUGAGAAUCUUAUAAGGGAGUCUUGUUCUAAGGAAGGUAGUAUGGCAGUCAAGAGGAGCGUACAGAUGAUGUUGUUGGUAGUGUUGAUGAUGUUUUUCAUUCUUUGUUGUGAGUUUCCUCAAUACAUGAUGAUCUCAGCAGUGGAAAGUGCCAAUGCUAACAACAACAACCAGCUAUGGCAUAGAAACAUUCCGUUUGUUGCCCUUAUUCAUGAUACCAAUGUCCGUAAUGAAAUGGAAAUGGAGAGUCGAGCCUUCUCAAUCGGGCAUCAUAAUAAUUUGCUUCAUGAUAUCAAGAGAUUGAGAGAAUUGAUGAGCCGAAGAGAAGUGGUGAAAAGAAUUCUUCGGGCAAAACCACUGAACCAACAUGAUCAAAAUACUUGGGAUCAAAGUCUUGAAAUGGUUACCUCACUAUCCGAGCCUAACACUCAAUUCAUUGUCAAAUUGAAAUCACUCAACCAUCUUGAUCCAGUGGAACGUACUCAUAUGACGAUUCAGCAACAACUCUACGUUAAGGCUGGACAUUCUCUCGGAUUUGCUGACACGUUUGCAUUGGUUUCAAGAACUUCUGAUAUUAUGAGACAUGUCGGGCAGGAUGACUCUCAAAGCAUUGAAUACAUUACAGAGAUGGAAUCAAGGUUCAAGAGCGACUUGAACUUUGGCAAAAUCCAAGAAAUGGCAUUGAAUCAAACUCGUCUUCAUCAUGGUCACGCACGACAAGCCUCAGAAAAUGAGCCCUUCCCAAAGCAUGUGCAUGCAAUUGUCACUCUCAUUCCUUCCAUAGAUGCUGUGAUUGAUGGUGUGGAAAUGGAAGAGGCUACUUUGGUGGCACAAGAGUUGAAAUCAUUGUUGAACCCCUAUUUUGAGAAGAACAGUAUUUCUAACUUUAACUUGAUUGACAAGGAGAAACUUGAAAUUUCCUUUUCGCCUCUCGUCGCUCUUGAAAUUGGUGAGAUAAUCAAAGCAAAUCCGCAUGUUCAUUUCAUUGAGAGAAAACCUAUCGUUGGUCUGUUGAAUAUGCGAGCCAGCUCAAUGAUGCAAUCAGUUGGACCGCAUCCAUCUGUGGCCAUGUCCUCAACUCCCUUUUAUGACUUAGGAGUAUUUGGUUCUAAUCAAGUGGUAGCUGUCUCAGACACUGGUAUUGAUUGGGAUAGUUGCUUGUUUUAUGACUCUUCCAAUCCAACCAUUACAGUGAAUACAUUGAAUACCAAGCACCGAAAAAUUAUAGAGUAUGAUACAGUUGUUGUUUCUCAAGGCAGUACCACCUACAAAAGUGAUAAUAAGGAUGGUGUGGAUGGCCACGGCACGCAUGUUGCAGCCUCAGUAUGUGGCUCCAUUCAAAAUUUAAAGCACAAUGAUUCUUCCAAUCCAGUGAACACGUAUCAUGGAAUUGCUCCCAACGCUAAACUUCAUUUCACUGAUCUUCAACAAACCGGUCAAACACUAUUGUUAGUACCAACCACAGUGAGUACAAUAUUCAUGUCAGGCUAUUAUGCCAAUGCAAGAAUCUUUUCAAAUUCAUGGGGAAGUGGACCAGACCUAAUCUUCUCAUGCUCCUAUGACUGUGAUAAUUGUCGUUGGAAGGCAGAUUUUGAAGGCUUCAAAGCAGGUGACAAGAUCACUAACGCUCAAUGCAAAGAGUUGUUUGGAUCUGACACUUGUUGCUCCAUCCUCAACAAGUACAAUUCCCAGUGCAAAGAUAUUGACACUACACUUUGGAAAUAUCAAGAUGCUAUCGCUCUCUUUGCUCAAGGUAACUCGGGAGCAAUAUCAUCUAAGGAGAAUAUUGGGUCUCCUGCUGUUUCCAAGAAUGCUGUUUCUGUUGGAGCCAGCAUGACAUCUAAUGCUGCAUUUGAGGAGUCUGUUCAAUAUGAAGACUUUGUGCAAAAGAUGAAAGAUGCAGCCUUACCUUUCACCUCAGUGAGUGAAUGUUGUGCCUACACAGGAACCAAUCAAGAGGCAGUACGCAACUAUUGCUGUCCAACCAAUGUUAAAUCCAAGUAUACCUCAAAUUCCAAUAUUUACAAUGAGAAUAAUUUGGCAUACUUUAGCUCGAGAGGCCCUGCAUGCGGAAAUCGAAUUAAACCUGACGUGGUUGGAAUUGGACACACUGUUGUAUCUGCUCAUUCGGAUGGUGAUCUCACUACUUUUCAGUGUAGUGCUGGCACGUCUCCCAAUCAAGGAAAUUCAGCUGCCCUAAUGACCAACUCUGGAACAAGCAUGGCCACCCUCUUGUGGGAGUAUUUCCAAGCGUAUCACUCCAUACCAAAUCCAAGUGGACCACUGUUAAAAGCAGCUUUGGUUCACAGUUCAAUACCACUGGAAGGUACAGUUGCCAAGACCUAUGAUGAAUCGUCCAGAAUUGCUAUGGGUGGAUUGGGACGUCCAAAUUCAUAUGAAGGCUUUGGAAGAGUGUACAUUGGAGGACUACUCAAGAAUAGCGAUGGAACGCCUGUGAAGCUCUCAAUUUUUGAGUCCAUUUUCAAUAUUUCUACGGAAAGUUACAAACUUUGUUUUAAGAGAAGAGAACAAGCAACCAUGGCAUCGUCCUCUCCUGCGUUUAAGGCAACCUUGGCAUGGUAUGAUUAUCCAGGUAGUGUCAGCGUUGUUCCAAAUCUCAUUCACGAUCUCAACUUGUUUGUCAAUGUGUUCAAUAUUGAUAAGGACAAUAAGAUUACCAAUCUUGAUGUUGCAGCUGGUAAUUUCAUUACCAAAGUAGAUUCCUCGAACAAUGUGGAGAAGAUAUCCGUUGAUUCUUUGGACUCCAACUUUAAAAACCAAUAUCUAAGUGUUGCUGUCUAUGUGGCCUCCUCACUCAUAGAAAAACAACGCUUUGCAUUAUUGAUCUCUCAUCCACAAGAUUUGUUCGAACAGGUUUCCACAGAUGCAUGUACCUUCAGUACCACUCUUCCACAAGAAACAUCCGUUGGGGUAUACGUUGGUGUUGCGAUAGGAAUCAUUUUCUUCCUCGUUAUUGCCAUCGGCGUGGGUGUUGCUGCAUACUUUUUAGUUAAUUCACUCAUCGUUCAAAAAAACUUAUCACGCCACAUGAGGUUAGCAUCCCAUAACCAACAGGAUGAACCCAUGUCCGAAUUUAAUUAUUACAAGAGAUAA